CAACCCUAAUUCGAGUACCACCACCAUUUCUGUGAUCUUUGACCUCUUCACUCAAUUUCUCAGCUACUGUUAGGGUUUUGCCGAGAUUUAUCGAUCUACCUUCAUCUCUGUGUUAAACCUUGGGAGAAAAAGAUGAAAUCUUUCCUUGUCUCUCGACAAGCGAUCCAUCGCAUUUCACUAUUAUCUUCAAAAACCCCAACUUUAUGCAGAAACUUCUCCGCCAUUACAUCGUCAAUUUCUCACUCUGAUCGUCACCUGAGAAGCUACGAAGACCAAACCCCACUCAAAAAUGCCGAAAUCCCUAGACCCAUUUCAGAUUUCAAUCGAUAUUUCCACUUUACUCGCGAGUCCCGACUCAGUGAGUCUAGUGCAGCCAUUGACGACUCAAACGACCAGGAGGUAGAUGAAGACGAAGACGAAGAUGGGACGACGAACGAGUUCCUCUCUCGAUUCGUUUGGAUAAUGCGUGGGAAAGUCUCUGAAGCAUACCCAGAUUGCGACAAAAAGAUGGUCGAUGGUAUGCUUCUGCUUAUCGUUGAGAAAGUUGUGGAAGAGAUCGAAAGAGGUGGGUUCAAUAAAGUUGGAUCAGCUCCACCUUCGCCGUCAUCUGAGUUCAGUGAUGAUCUGUGGGCUACUAUCUGGGAAGUUAGUAACACAGUGUUGAAAGAUAUGGAGAAAGAGAGGAAGAAGGAGAAGAUGAAGCAAUACGUUCAGUCUCCUGAAGUUAUGGAGAUGUGUAGGUUUGCUGGAGAGAUUGGUAUUCGUGGGGAUUUGCUUAGAGAGCUUAGAUUCAAAUGGGCAAGAGAGAAGAUGGAAGACGCUGAGUUUUAUGAGAGUUUGGAACAGCAACGUGAUUUGGAUAAUUCCGUUAGGGAAUCUGAAACAGUGGAUGGGGUAGAAGAAGAAGAAGAAGAAGGGUCUUUUGCCUCUGAUGAAGUUGAGCCUCGGAGUAUCUCUCUUCCUAAACGUAAGGGGAAGUUCAAGUACAAGAUUUAUGGGCUUGAGUUAUCGGAUCCGAAAUGGGGUGAAGUUGCUGAUAAAAUCCAUGAAGCUGAGGAAGAGGCUGAUUGGAAAGAGCCUAAACCUGUAACUGGCAAGUGUAAAUUGGUUAUGGAGAAGCUCGAGUCUUUGCAGGAGGGAGAUGAUCCUUCAGGAUUGCUUUCUGAAUGGGUUGAGUUAUUGGAGCCUAACCGUGUGGAUUGGAUUGCUUUACUUAAUCAGUUGCGUGAAGGAAACACCAACGCAUACUUGAAGGUGGCAGAACUUGUCCUGGAUGAGAAAUCGUUCAAGGCAAGUAUCUCGGACUACUCAAAACUCAUCCACAUCCAUGCUAAAGAGAACCACAAUGAAGAUGUUGAGAGAAUUCUUAAGAAAAUGUCUCAAAAUGGGAUCUUUCCUGACAUUUUAACCGCCACUGCAUUGGUUCAUAUGUACAGUAAAUCAGGAAACCUUGAGCGUGCAACUGAGGCAUUUGAAAACUUGAAGAGCUAUGGGUUACGGCCAGACGAGAAGAUUUACACAUCCAUGAUCAUGGGCUAUGUAAACGCUGGCAAGCCUAAACUAGGUGAUAGGUUGAUGAAAGACAUGGUAGCAAAGGAAAUGAAACCUUCAGAAGAAGUUUACAUGGCUCUGCUUCGAGCUUUUGCAGAAAUGGGAGACGCCAAUGGAGCUGCAACGAUUUCUUCUUCAAUGCAUGCAGAUCUAGAUUCACUCCCUUUGGAAGCAUGGAGUUUACUUGUGGAAGCAUAUGGGAAAGCAGGACAGGCAGACAAAGCGAAAAACAAGUUUGAUGAAAUGAGAAGGCAUGGGCACAAACCCGAUGAUAAGUGCAUUGCAAAUGUGGUCCAAGCAUACAAGGGAGAGAACUCAUUGGAUAAGGCACUGAGACUUUUGUUGCAGCUUGAGAAAGAUGGGAUUGAAAUCGGGGUGAUCACAUACACUGUUCUUGUUGAUUGGAUGGCUAAUCUCGGGCUUAUCGAGGAAGCUGAGCAGCUUUUGGUAAAGAUCUCUCAUCUAGGAGAAGCUCCACCGUUUGAGCUCCAGGUGAGCUUGUGCUAUAUGUACGCUACGGUCAGGAAUGAGAAGAAGACUCUUCAAGCUCUUGGGGUUUUGGAAGCUAAGAAAGAUCAGAUGGGGCCUAACGAAUUUGAAAAGGUUAUAACUGCGUUGAAAAAAGGUGGGUUUGAGAAAGAUGCAAGAAGAAUGUAUAAGCAUAUGGAAGCUCGAAAGUUUUUGCCUUCCGAGUCAUUGAAGAUGGAUAUGCUUGGAACACCUCGAGCUUUUGGGUCUGGAUACGGUAGAAUGAGACGAUAAAAUGUCUCUUUUAAAGUGGAGUGAUCUUUUUGGAAACUUAUUCAUCAUUCUGAGUUCAAUGUUGUGAGUUCGUGUUUCAUUCAGUGAUUAUUAAACUGUAGCUGUGUUCUGUAAUAAUCUUGUUCCUUAGAAUUUUGGAAAUCGUUACUAACUGCUUUUUAGCUGUGAGAUUUUUCCUA